AGUGACAGCAACAGAAGCUAUCGGCUGGAUUUGUUUUUGGUCGACAGAACCCCGGCGAGACGUCCAUUUCCCGUUGUUAUACAGCCCUUAAACCCGGAAUUUGAACAGAACUGACUAACAGACAGCUACUAUGGGUGCCGGUUCGAGCACAGAGGCCGAAAGGGAGCCGCUGCUCGUCCCUUCACAUGCGGAGACAAACAGUCCGCCAGUAAACAGCAGAGUGUACGGGAGAAGAUGGCUGGUUCUGACCCUGUUUUCCCUGCUAGGACUCAUGCAGGGGAUGGUGUGGAACUUCUGGGGUCCCAUCCAGAACUCGGCCGUUCACGCGUACGGCUUCACCAAGUCUGACAUCGCAGUUCUGGUGCUGUGGGGCCCGGUGGGUUUCGUCCCCUGGCUGUUGUUUAUGUGGUUAAUGGAUAAAAAAGGUUUGCGGGCGUCCCUCCUCCUCUCUGCGUUCUUCAUGCUGUUAGGAGCAGCUUUAAGGAGCAUCCCUCUGACAGACCAGCAUUUUAGAAAAUGGUUGAUACACGUAGGUCAGUUUCUGAACGGUUUAGCCGGCCCAACCAUAAUGAGCGCUGGCCCCUUCCUCUCCACCACAUGGUUCGCCCCUGACCAGAGAGCCACCGCAACUGCAGUGGCCUCACUCUUCUCCUACCUGGGAAGCGCUGCUUCGUUUGUAAUAGGACCUCUGGUUGUGCCAGCCCCCAACAACACCCAGGCAGCAGCCACGAUGGUAGCAGCAGUUUCCGACAGCUCCAUCCGGGACAGAAUCCAGCUGGUUAUGUAUGCAGAGUUGGCUGCAAUUGCUGUGCUUUUUGCGGCCGUCCUGCUGUAUUUCCCAUCACGGCCACCGAUGCCUCCCAGUGUGGCCGCUGCAAGCCAGAGACUCAGUUACAGGAGCAGCAUCUGCAGACUUCUUAGUAACCUGCGGUUCCUGAUGAUUGCACUGGCCUAUGCAGUCCCCACAGGAGUGAUUGCUGGCUGGGCAGGAGUUCUCGACAUGGUACUUACACCAGCCAAAGUCAGCCAGGUGGACGCAGGCUGGAUUGGUUUCUGGUCGAUUGUUGGUGGAUGUGUGUUUGGAGUGGCAAUGGCCAGGUAAGCUACUUUUUUAACACUUCUUACUAAAACAGUAACUCUUUUAAUUACUUCAGGUCGUACAAUUUGGGGGACUUUGUAUACAGUGACAUGCCAACACAGUUCAUCCCAUGUUCCUCUCCUGCUGUCCAUUCUGUACACUUCCUGCAUCCUGGUGGGCAUUUUCAUUAACAGCAGCGUGCCAAUAUUCUUCGAACUCUUCAUCGAGACCGUGUACCCGGUCCCUGAAGGCAUCACCUGUGGAGUGGUCACUUUCCUGGGGAACCUGGUCACCGGUCUCCUCCUCUUCUUUCUCACUUUUUACUGUACAGAUCUAUCGUGGUUAAACUGGUGUCUAACCGGCUCCUGUCUCUUCAGCCUCGUCCUCAUCCUCUUCUUCAGGGAGUCUUAUGACCGCCUCUACCUGGACGUCUUUGUGUCUGUUUGACAUUGCUGAGGACAACAAAUACCCACAACAACUUCUCAAUAAAGAACUGAAUAAUUAUUCUUGCACAAAGAGGAGGAGAAAAAAGGAGACGAAGGGAAAGUGGAAGGCCCACACUCUUUUAUAACUUAAGAUUUUAGGAUGUAAAUGUAUAUAUUGGUAACAGUGGUGAUGGAUUGCUGUUGUAUGGCUGCAGACGAGAACCACGAAGCGAUUCUGCACCAAUGUUUACUCUUUAUACGUGAUCGACUCAAUGCCAUAUGACUGUUUAACACAUCAUUAACUGUUUUUAUUUGUCAGUCUAUUUGUUUGUAUGUAAACAAACGUAUGUGAACGGUUUAAUUUUCCUAACCAGGCACAGUAUGACGGACUGUUAGUAGUUGUUGUUUACAGAUAAUGUACAAUUUAAAGUUGC